GAGGGCAGAUGAUCAGACUGCCUUGGAAUCUCCUGGAAGCGGUGGCGGGUUCCCGCAACCCGCGACCUGGCGGGCGGAGGGGUGGGGUGAGGCCGGCUGGCACCACCUGGUACAGGCUUGGGAAGCCCGCCCCUCAGGAGAUCAGACCUGCCCGUCCCGGGGCGGGGCCUCGGGAGUUCGCGGCCUGCGGAACUGGAUGUGGGAGCCCGCAAGUCAUGGCGUCCAGAGGCCAAGGAGACAUGGCUGCCCCCCGCGAAGCUGAGAUCCGGAAGGCUGUGCAGACCUACUAUGGGCAGGUGCUGAAGAAAUCAGCAGACCUCCAGACCAGUGCCUGUGUCACUGCAGCCAGGCUGGUCCCCAAGCAUAUCCGGGAAGCCUUGAGGAAUGUACAUGAAGAAGUAUCCUCGAGGUAUUAUGGCUGUGGUCUGGUCAUCCCUGAGUGUCUGGAGAACUGCUGGAUUUUGGACCUGGGCAGUGGAAGUGGGAGAGAUUGCUAUGUCCUGAGUCAGCUGGUUGGUGAGACAGGACAUGUCACUGGGAUAGACAUGACGGAAAGUCAGGUAGAAGUGGCUAAGAAGUAUAUUGAAUAUCACAUGGAAAAAUACGGCUUCCAGACACCCAAUGUGACUUUUCUUCAUGGCUACUUAGAGAAUUUGGAGGAGACUGGAAUCAAGAAUGAGAGUUAUGAUAUUGUUAUAUCAAAUUGUGUCAUUAACCUUGUACCUAAUAAGCAAGCUGUGCUACAGGAGGCAUACCAAGUGCUAAAGCAUGGUGGGGAGCUGUAUUUCAGUGACGUCUAUGCUAACCUUGAAUUGCCAGAAGAAAUCAGGACACACAGAAUUUUAUGGGGUGAGUGCCUGGGUGGUGCUUUGUACUGGAAGGACCUUGCCGUCCUUGCCCAAAAAAUUGGUUUCUGCACCCCGCGUUUGGUCACUGCCAAUCUCAUUACAGUUCAAAACAAGGAAUUAGAAAGAGUGAUCGGUGACUGUCGUUUUGUUUCUGCAACAUUUCGCCUCUUCAAACUCCCUAAGACGGGACCAGCUGAAAGAUGCCAGGUGAUUUACAAUGGAGGAAUCACAGGCCACGAAAAAGAACUGAUAUUUGAUGCAAAUUUCACAUUUAAGGAAGGUGAAAUUGUUGAAGUGGAUGAAGAAACAGCAGCUAUCUUGAAGAAUUCACGAUUUGCCCAGAAUUUUCUGAUCAGACCAAUUGGAGAGAAGCUGCCAGCAUGUAGUGUCUCUUCUGCUUUAGGAUCAAAGGGUAUAAUCACAGAUCCAUUCAAGCUUGCAGGAGAGUCUGAUGAUGUAAAGCCCAGAUGUUCCUCUGACGUUGCUGGAGGCUGCUGUCCCUAAUUUACAGGUGACCGGAAGAAAGGAGCAGAAAGUGAAGGACUUACAUGUGUCUUUUAAUCUACCCUUCUCCACAGCACAGACCAUAUGAAAGAAUAAAUGGCACAAAAGCCACUAUAUUCUAGGUCAUUGAUUAAAAAUAAUGGAUUAUUUUUUAUAAGGUAUUAAUUGAAGGUUCAUAGCACAUGACCGUAAAGGCGGAUCAAACAGGUUUUCCUCUCUCUUUGCUAAUUCAAAGUUCUGGUGCCACUUAGUGGUCGGAUGUGGAACUGAGACGGGGUCUUCAGGCCUGGCCAAUGAGCAAGAAGAGCUUCAGGAGGAACGGUUGGCUGGCUGGCAGAGGGUCUCAGGAAAAACAUUUUCCUUCUGACCUGCAUAGCACCUUUUGGACUUUCACCAUGUUUGCUCAUAAAACAAAGCUCCUACUGAAAUCAUGCUAAUCAUGCCCCAAAAAUUGCAAAAUCAAAUUUGGUAGAAGUGCUCUUCAGACAACUUCUAAAUCAAACUUUUUUUUUUUUU